UAUUUGUAUUCACUCCUUUUAUUUCGCAGCAACGGAAUCUAAUACCCCCUUCUUUCCAUCCUUCACUUAAAAUCCAGCUUAAUUAUCUACUGUCUCUCCAUAUAUAUUUUCUUUUUUUGGUUUUGUUCUUUUAUCUCUGUAUUUUUAGCUUCAAUGACGGAAAUUGAGGAAAUUCUAGAAAAGUGCAAGAGAAGGAAAUUAUCGAUGCAAAAGAGAUGAACGAUGAAAACAAGAAUAAUAAUACAAACAGGGCCAAGAAGCUGUCUCAGAAGAAACAGAAGAAGAAGAGAAGAUCACCGAGUUUUGCUAGAUUUGGAUGCUUGAAAGUGGAAACUGGCGAGGAUGGCGUUGUUAUGGAAGUCCAGUUUUCAGAAGAGCGUAACCAUCCUUCUCAUCUCGUUGUCAUGGUUAAUGGCCUCAUUGGCAGUGCUCAAAACUGGAGAUUUGCAGCAAAGCAGUUUUUGAAGAAGUACCCGGAAGAUGUUAUUGUUCAUUGCAGUGAGCGCAAUUCUUUAAUGUUGACAUUUGAUGGUGUGGAUGUACAGGGCGACAGGUUAGCGGAGGAGGUUAAAUCUGUUAUAAGCCGUCACCCAAGUGUUCAGAAGAUUUCUUUUGUUGGUCAUUCAUUAGGUGGCCUUGUAGCAAGGUACGCAAUUGCACGGCUUUUUGAACAAGAUCCCAGUGAAGAAAAUUCUCAGACAACUGGAGAUUGUACAAAUGAUCAUUUGGGAGAUUCAUUGCCUGAAGGGAAACUCAAAGGUAACAUUGCUGGACUAGAGCCAAUGAAUUUCAUAACUCUCGCAAGUCCGCACCUUGGUUCUCGGUGGCAUAGACAGGUUCCAUUGUUUCAUGGCUCCCAUGUGCUGGAAAAAGUUGCAGCUCGCACAUCAUGGUUUCUUGGUAGAACUGGGAAACAUUUGUUUUUGACCGAUGGAAAAGAUGGAAAACCUCCUAUUCUUCUGCGGAUGGCCAGUGAUUGUGAAGAUCUUAAAUUUAUGUCUGCUUUGCAGUCCUUCAGGCGUCGCGUUGUUUAUGCAAAUGCAAGUUUUGAUCAUAUUGUUGGGUGGAGUACCUCUUCCUUAAGGCGUCGAGAUGAGCUUCCAGAGAUUAAACAUAUUCCAAGAGGUGACAAAUACCCACACGUUGUAAAUGUGGAGACAGGAAAGACUGAUACUCUUGAUGAAGUCCCUUACGAGGCCAAAAUCAAUGGAACUGAGAAGAUGAACAUGGAAGAGGAAAUGAUCAGAGGUUUAACAAAAAUGAGCUGGGAACGUGUUGAUGUAUACUUCAAAGGAAGCAAACAAAGACUUCUUGCACACCUUGCCAUUCAGGUGAGAAACUCUUGGUUUAAUUCUGAUGGAGCUGAUGUAGUCCAACACAUGAUCGACAAUUUUCUAUUGUAAAGGUUGCCGAUUUGUUUUUAUUACUAUA